GCACUAGCUCAACCCUCCGAAGAACUUCUGGACCAACCACAGGUUGUAGAUUUGCAUACGCAUGCGCACUGCGCACGCUGCCCCAGCGCGGGAGCUCAGUGUUCGGAUGAAAGCUGCGACUUGUCAACACCGCCGCGCUAAUUAAAAUGGAGGAUGAUUUCAGUCAGUCCCUUACUCCUCCUGUCUCUCCCUUUAUGGACGGGGAGCUGAGCGACUCGUCCCUCGCUCGACCACCAUGCUUCUCUUGUGCGUUCGAAAAAGGACGAGAAGAAGCGCAGACCCUGUCUUCUGAUGGCUACGUCAGCCGAGGCAUCUUAAAAAGGUUGCUGCUGAAGUUAGAUCCGGCUCCUGCAGACUUCGAAACCGACACCGUGGAUUUGUUCGGCUUCUCCUGGGUGACCGAGACUGCGUUGCUGGAGUCGACUCAGCUUCUGUUUGGCUUGUUCAGACAAAAAGUCUUCAGGCUGGAAACUCUGGUUCAGUCUAGCUCGCAUGAUUUUGGUCAAGCAAGUAGCCUUCAUUAUGAAGCCGAAGAGCUGAGGCAGCAGUGUGUGCUGUUUCUCACCUACAUUAAAGUCUUUAUUCACAGGUUUCUGGAGGCACCCCACCCACUGGCGGACGAGUUCUCCCCUGAGUUCUCACAGAUGGAGGCGCAGUUUCCCUCCAAUUUAGUGGAGCAGCUGUUCGGCGUCACGCUCCUCAUUGGCCGGCUUAAAGAUUUACCGGCAAACGUCCAAAGCGCUUUCACCAUCCAUCACCAGGGAAAGCUUUUCCCUCCAUCGUGGCAUUUAUUGCACCUUAAUUUGGAUGUCCACUGGGCCAUACUGGAGAUCCUGCACAUUUUGGGGCACAAAAUGAUGGGUCAAGUUGUGUAUGCACGCCAGUUUGUUGAUCUAACAGGAGAAACUCUUACCAACGUCAGCCUGUUUGAAGAUCACCUCCACAACCUGCUGUGUGACCUCAUUACUUUAGCGCUGAACAAGUACAGCAAGGUGAGACCGACCGAGGCGUUAACAAGCCAUCCUUACCAAUGUGUUUGCACUAAAGAGAUUUGGAUUCUCCUUAUGCACUUUUUGGAACACAGAAGCAAAAUUCUUCACACACAGUCUUUUUGGGGCUAUGUGAAUGCACUUCUCGACUCCAACCUGAAGGGGUCGCUAUCAGGAGUUGCAGUACACUGUAAAGACAUGCACGGCUUCACCUGGUGGAUGAUCACACACCUUGCACAGCUUGGAAUGUGGAACCGUAACGGAGUACUUCAAAACGAAAAGCAGCUGGAUGACAACUGGAGUUUUGUGUGUAAUCUGCUGAAGUCCAGCUGUGAUGUGAAGGCAGCAGUUCAGGAGGAGCAGAUGCGGAUGUAUGUGCAUUGCUGUCUGACUCUGAGUAUGGUCUGGGUUCCCAGCCUCAGCGCCAUCAACACACUUUGGGAUUUUUUCAGCAAAAACCUGAAUGGAUCGUUCUCAGUACCUUGGUUAGGUGUGUCUGCAUUGGCCAGCAUUGGCUCCACCCCACUGGCACUGUUGGAACAGGCCAAGAGCUGCUGUAGCCCUGCCCCACUGAACUCCACUUACCAUGCCCAACUCUAUCGCUCCACCAAUUCCUUCCUUAUUUUCCUGCGGAUGCUCGCAUUGCACCUGAAGCAGGAGAUUGGCGCCCCCUGGAGGCAGAUCAAGGGCAGAAUCUAUUCUAAGUUCCAUGAGCGCCGCAUGGCCGAGCUCUCCGAGAGCGGACUACAUCACUUCCUGCUCCUCUUCCUGGUUUUGUCGCUCUCUGCUGAUCUGGAGGACGUCACGGGACGCGCCUUCGAUCUUUUGGCCCUGCGGUUGCCUGCGGCGACGGCGGUGAUGUCGUGGCGGGGUCGUUUGGCUCUGCUGCUCGGGUUCGUGGAGCGGGGUGUGGACGUGGGCGGGGUUGCCACAAGGAUCUCCACCUCCUUUAGCAGCGCUGCACGGGAGUUUUACCUCAAGACCACGCCCGUCCCGAGGAGGAACGAGCUGUGGCGCUUGAUCUCCGCCUACUUGGAAGGGGUGGGCCAGGUGUGGCAGAGCAGCGCCACCUUGUGCCUGUCUGAGGAGAAGCUCAUUAACGAAGGGUUCGGCCUGCUCCUACCUGCAUGUGGCGCUAGAGAACUUGACACGGUGCUCGACUUCCUACAGUUGGCCCUGACACAGUUACGGAGGGUGCAGCAGUGUUCUCAAUGUGCUAGUGCAGCUGUUCCUCUAAAUGUGGUUAAAGAGCGCCACCUGGCGGUCGCCGUCACUCUGUGGACUCACUUCUUGCCGUUCUUGCGCACCUUGAGAAUGUCUCAGACUCCACCAGAAGAGCUGGCACACUCCGCUGCAGGUUUUACUCUGUUAGCGUUGGAUUUGCCUAACUCUGCCCCUCAGGAUCUUCAGCCCCGCCCACUCCUGGCCAUGAUUCAAUGCUUUGGCUGGGAUGAGAUGCUUCGGCCCAUACUAGUAACACGCUACCUCAACGACCUGCUGCACAAUGAGGAGCUGGUGCAUAAAAUGAGCUCUGCUGGUGACUCUGCGCAGGCUUUAUGUGUAAGAGCUUGGAUCCGAUGUAUUGUACAGCAACAUCAACACAACACCACUGAUGCACAAAACAGCAGAAAAGACAGGACUUUAGACGAGCAGUUAGCCGAGAUGACAACACUCAUCCUCCGACUGCCAGAAGUGGAGUCACUGCUUCUGAGAGCCGGACUGAACACUAACUCUGCUACACAAGAACCUAAAGCUGCCCUGACCUUGUUUAUAAAGUGUGUAGGUUGUGUGUAUGGUGGGUUGCAGCAGCUGGCUGAGCGUGUGUCCCUGGUGUGUAAAGCUCUGGAGUACGUAGGCGACAUCAUAAAGUUCAUCAAACCCAACCUGCUGAACAAGAGCACAGAGGGGCUGAACAUCACCUACUGGACACUCGGGUGUGUGGUUAAGCACUGGAGCCCCCUCCUGGCCACGUCUAAAGCUCAACCCUUUCUACUGCGCAUCAUAGACGUCCUGCUGCUCCCUCAUUCCCUGCUGCAGGAUAAAGCUCCGCCUCCUCAGCUGACCUCUGCUAUUCGGGACACACUGCCACUUUACCUGCAGGGUCUCUCAGUCGCAGGGGGAGUGUCCCAGACUCAGGUGUCCUACCUCAAGCAACAGCUGAAUAACGUUAUAACUCAGUACCUGAGCCGCUUCCUUCCAGCCACGCCCACCGUCGGAGCAAUAGCAAAUCACCCAGUGCUGCUGGCUGGCUGUGAGGCCACACCCACACCACGAGGGGCUGCACUGAGGAGGACCAUCCUGCAGAAUUUAAGGGAAAACUUUCUGCAGUUCAGAGGCCAUGCCCCUCCUCCUCGUUUGGCAGCUGUCCUCAUGUUCUUAUUGGAGCUUCUGAGACGUAAUAAUGACACUGACCCCGCCCUCCUCACUGUACCCCUCGCACAUGUGCUGCGCUGUGUGAUGCUUGUUAAUGAACCUCAAGUGAAGAAGCUCAGCACAGAAAGCUUGCAGCUAAUCGUCGAGAGAUGUUCCUCUGCAGCAACGGAAGAACCAUGCGAGAAGCUUAUCGCAGUUCUCAGAACGUUCGUGGAGGAGAACGAGGGGAUUUAUGAGCAGCAGAUGUACAGCGCAUUGGAGACGGUAGCCGUCCUCUGUCCCUCAGCGGUGUCGCCUCUGAUUCCAGUCCUGUCACAAAGUUUGCGAAACACAGAACAGAAGCGAGGAAUCGGAAAAAACACAUCUCUCAGAAAUGCCUACAGGACUCUUCUGGCCCUGUUGGGAGAUGCUGGUCAGGCUGAAAUGAUCAUACUGGAAGAGGACUAACGUGUUACUUUUUGUCCUGUUCUUUGAUUGUAAAUAUUGUACAUAAAGUAUGUGUUUUGUACCUGUUUUUUUUCUCAAUACAUAUAAAACAUGAA